UUAACAGUCGAAUUGACACCCAGCCGUACGUUGAGUCUUUAUUGUGAAUGCGCCUGACGGAAGUAUUAGUUUUAACGCAAGUUAACUUGACGCUAGCACGCCAAGUUGCAUGUGUGGUCAGGUCAGCUAGCUGAAGAAGAAGAGGGCGCGGGGCUUCUUGCCUCGCCUUCGUGUGCCAUUUCCGCGGUGACGUUAAAUGAGGGCGAGUCUACCGUUUUGACGUUUUUACUCGUCACCGGCGCGGUGCUCUCUUUCAAGCCCUUUUAAACAAACAGCACCAAAAAGAAAGGGAGCCUUCGCGCAACGGUCAACUCCUCCUCCGCCGACGCCUCCGUUUCCUCGCCUCGGGCUUCUCCCCAUGACCGACAACGACUUGAGAUGCCCGGCAAUGGAAGUUGGAAUUGACAGCACCACCGCAGUUUAAAUGACAUUUACCCGCUUUAUAGCUACUCAAGCUCCGCCACACUAGCGGAAAUCAGCGGCGAGGCAUCACUCACAUCGUAGUAACACCCCGCACCCCCCAAAAACAAAGAUGUCAUUUUUCAAUUUUCGCAAGAUCUUCAAGCUCGGGCCCGACAGGAAGAAGAAGCAGUACGAACACGUCCACCGAGACGUCAACCCCGAGGAGAUUUGGGACAUCAUCGGGGAACUCGGUGAUGGAGCAUUCGGCAAAGUCUACAAGGCUCAGAACAAGCAAAACGGAACCCUCGCUGCCGCAAAGGUCAUUGACACCAAGACUGAGGAUGAGCUUGAUGACUACAUGGUGGAAAUUGACAUCCUGGCCUCCUGCGACCACCAUCACAUUGUCAAACUCCUGGACGCCUUCUAUUUCGAGGGCAAACUCUGGAUCCUUAUUGAGUUCUGUGCGGGUGGUGCAGUGGAUGCCAUCAUGCUGGAACUGGAGAGGCCCCUGACCGAACCUCAGAUCCGUGUAGUGUGUAAGCAGACGUUGGAGGCUUUGGUCUACUUGCAUGAGAACAAGAUAAUCCAUAGAGACUUGAAAGCUGGCAACAUUCUUCUUUCCUUGGAUGGCGAAGUGAAACUUGCCGACUUUGGUGUUUCUGCUAAAAACACGAAGACGUUACAGAGGAGAGAUUCUUUCAUCGGAACGCCGUACUGGAUGGCGCCAGAAGUGGUGAUGUGCGAGACGUCCAAAGACCGCCCGUACGACUACAAGGCGGACAUCUGGUCCCUCGGGGUGACCCUGAUCGAGUUGGCGCAAAUUGAGCCGCCCAAUCAUGAGAUGAAUCCCAUGAGAGUGCUGCUGAAAAUAGCCAAGUCUGAACCGCCCACCCUCAUGCAACCCUCCCGCUGGACACCUGACUUCAAUGACUUCCUCCGCAGAGCACUUGAUAAGAAUGUGGACAACCGGUGGGGCCCGUUACAGCUUCUACAGCAUCCAUUCGUCGCCAGCGUCAUAGACAGCAAACCUCUGCGAGAGCUCAUCGCUGAAGCUAAGGCAGAAGUCACGGAGGAGAUAGAGGAUAGCAAAGAGGAGGAAGAAGAGGACGAGCCUGAUACCCCCGUGGCCGCCCCUGGACAUAAGCGAGCACCAUCCGACGUAAGUAUGGCGAGCUCCGAGGAAGACAAAGUUCCGCCAACUCCAUCUGCGCUGGAGGCCGUCACAGAAAAAACUGAGGCUGAACCAGCCGGAGACGGAACCAGUGAUAAGAUCUCUGAUGAAGGUUUUGAAACUAGUGAGCCUGACAGGACGGAAGAGGAGAUAGUCACCGAGGUGCCCGAGGCCGGUAAUGAAGAGCCGGUCUCAUUGGAGCCUGAGGGCAAGGCCGAUGAGAGUAUUGCUGACCCGACUGCUUCUGAGGAAGAUGUAGAAAGAGGGCAGACAGCAGAAGAUGAAAUAAAUGAAUCUCCACAAGUAGUGGGUGAUGAACAACCUGAAGAGGUGAUCAAUGAAGACGAGUUGAAUCAACAGAUUAUCGAUUCUUCAGAAACAGAAGAGCCCCUCGAAGAUGCGCAUGCCAAACCAGAGGUUCAGUUUGAACAAGUGAGCAAGCCGGAUGACAUGCUUCACCAUGAACUCACCGAUACAGCCAAUGGUACAGUUGUUAUUAUGGAAUCAAAUAUUGUUGGAGACUCAGAAACAAAGUUGGAUAAGGAGGAAUCUCUUUCGGAAAAGCCUGAGCUGAAGAUUUCCGACUUACCUGAUGAGGAAGUCAGACCUACAAAUGGAGUAUGCGACAAUGUCAGCGAUAUCUCUGAAACACAAACGCUCCCAAUGAAGGAAGAUGAUGAUGCCAUUUUGGCAGAGGACAGCAUGACUCAAACUGAAAAGGAGUCUGAGACCAAGACAGAGCAGGGAAGUCCUGCUGUGUGCCGGCAGGAAGCGGAGAAGGAUUCCGACUCCGGUAGCAGCUCAGCUGCCGACACUAGCAGUCUGGACCUGAAUCUGUCCAUCUCCAGUUUCCUAUCCAAGAGCAAAGAAGGAAGUUCUGUGUCUGUACAGGAAUUAAAACGUCAGAAGAAGACGCUGAAAAAGACACGCAAGUUCAUGGUGGACGGCGUGGAGGUCAGCGUGACAACGUCCAAGAUAGUGACGGACGACGACGCCAAGAAUGAGGAGAUGAGGUUUCUUAGGCGGCAGGAACUGCGAGAACUGCGCCUGCUGCAGAAGGAGGAGCAGAGAGCUCAGCAGCAGCUCAGCCACAAGCUGCAACAGCAGAGAGACCAGAUAUUGCGGCGUUUUGAACAGGAAACGACAGCUAAGAAGCGUCAAUACGACCAGGAAGUGGAGGGCCUGGAGAAGAAGCAGAAGCAGACCAUCGAGCGCCUGGAGCAGGAUCACACCACGCGACUCAGGGAUGAAGCCAAACGCAUCAAGGGCGAUCAGGACAAAGAACUGUCCAAGUUCCAGAACAUGCUGAAGAACAAGAAGAAAGAGGCGGUCGCCCAGGUUAUGAUACAGUCUUUUCAGUUGUCCUCAUGCGCACUCUUCAAUGCUCAGAUGCAGGAUGAGCAGGAGUUUCUCCAGAAGCAGCAGCAGGAGCUGGAUGGGGAGCUCAAGAAAAUCAUCCAGCAACAUAAAGUGGAGAUCGCCACCAUUGAAAGGGAGUGCCUUAACCACAAGCAACAGCUGAUGAGAGCUCGAGAAGCGGCCAUGUGGGAGCUGGAAGAGCGCCACCUGCAGGAGAAACACCAGCAGCUCAAGCAGCAGCUCAAGGACCAGUACUUCCUGCAAAGGCACCAGCUGCUUAAGAGGCACGACAAAGAGAUGGAGCAGAUGCAGCGUUACAACCAGCGUCUGGUGGAGGAGAUGAAAAACAAGCAGAACCAAGAGCGAGUCCGCUUGCCCAAGAUCCAACGCAGUGAUGGGAAGACCCGCAUGGCCAUGUUCAAGAAGAGCCUUCGCAUCGCCCCGUCGGCCAUCAUCACGCCCGAGCAGGAGCGAGACCGCGUCAAGCAGUUUGCCUUUCAAGAAGAAAAGCGGCAGAAAAACGAGCGUCUCCACCAGCACCAGAAACACGAAAACCAGAUGAGAGACCUUCAGCUGCAGUGCGACUCCAAUAUUAGAGAGCUGCAGCAGCUACAGAAUGAGAAAUGUCACCUACUGAUUGAGCACGAGACCCAAAAACUAAAGGAGUUGGAUGAGGAGCACAUUCAGGAGAUCAAAGAGUGGCGAGAGAAGCUUAGACCCAGAAAGAAGGCACUGGAGGAAGAGUUCACGCGUAAGCUCCAAGAGCAAGAGGUGUUCUUCAAGAUGACCGGGGAGUCGGAAUGCCUUAACCCCACCGCUCAGAGCCGUGUGUCCAAGUUUUACCCCAUCCCGCACGUUCAGGGCUCUGGAUCAUAACGGCGAAGAAAUUGCCCUUAGUUGGGAGAGGGUUUUUUUUUUUCUUUGUUUUCUAUACGAGUGCCUCCUAAUUACUUAUCAGUUGCAUUUUUAUGUUAAUUUCAGUCCGCACGCCCUCCUACCAAUGAAUGUCACUCGCUAUCACUGAAUAGUGGUUUAAUCAAGUGGAUGCACUCUCCCUCUAUUCUUUUGAAUGUGGUGCUGACUACUUCCUUGAGUGAAUGCUGUCAAAUACUAAGGAAUGUAAAAUGUUGCUGUUAAUUUUGCACUGUUUUUUCCUGCCACAAUAGCUGAAAGAAUAUGCAGUAUUUGAAACAUUGGGAUUUUUUUUUUUUUUUUUUUAAUCUGCUUUUAUUGUAUGACCGAUCUGGUGUAUAAAAAAAAAAGCGUUCUGCUUAACACUGAUGCUGUAAUUCAGAAAAAAUCCAUAACCUGAUAUUUAAUAAUCAUUUGCUCAGCUUUAUUUUUUUAUAUCCAUAAAUGUAUUAGCGCCUGAAUUUGAUUAUUUAUGCUCAAGUUCUGAUUUUGCUUCGUUAACAAUGCUGGAUUUUUAUUUGGGUUUUCCACCAAACAGAUAUUGAUAUAUUUUUUAAGGAAACUUGCUGCGUUGUAACUCAUUGGCUGCUACUGAUCGCGAUUGAUGUCAUUUCCAGCCCCCCCAGUCAAAAUGGAUUUGUACAUUUGUUGCCACCAAUUGCACCCAAUUAGUUAACUGUCACGUCUCCACCUAAAUGAAAAAAAUAUAUAUAUAUGCAGUUCUAUUGUCAGAUCAAAUGUAUUGGAAAUGUCUUUGGACAUAUUUGUAGUUGUAAAUAAAAAAAAAUAUU